ACGGCCAUCGUCUCCCGCUUCCUCACCGGCCGCUUCGAGGAGCAAUACACGCCCACCAUCGAGGACUUCCACCGCAAGUUCUACAGCAUCCGUGGUGAAGUCUACCAGCUCGACAUCCUGGACACGUCGGGCAACCACCCCUUCCCAGCCAUGCGCCGCCUCUCCAUCCUCACAGGAGAUGUGUUCAUCCUUGUCUUCAGCCUGGACAACCGAGACUCCUUUGAGGAGGUGCAGCGCCUGAAGCAGCAAAUCCUGGAGACCAAGUCGUGCCUGAAGAACAAAACCAAGGAGAACAUCGAGGUGCCCCUGGUCAUCUGCGGCAACAAGGGCGACCGGGACUUUUACCGAGAGGUGCAGCCCCGGGAGAUCGAGCAGCUGGUGGGAGGGGACCCCAAAAAAUGCGCCUACUUUGAGAUCUCGGCCAAGAAGAACAGCAGCCUGGACCAGAUGUUUCAGGCGCUCUUCGCCAUGGCCAAACUGCCCAGCGAGAUGAGCCCCGACCUGCACCGCAAGGUCUCGGUCCAAUACUGCGACAUCCUGCACAAGAAGGCUCUGAAAGGCAAAAAGCUGCUGAAAGAGGGGGGCCGGGGCAGCACGGAGGAGGCGUACGGCAUCGUGGCCCCCUUCGCCCGGCGACCCAGCGUCCACAGCGACCUCAUGUACAUCCGGGAGAAAGCCAUCGGCGGCGGGCACGGCAAGGAGAAGGACCGCUGCGUGAUCAGCUAGGAGCCACGGGAAGAAGGAAGGGAAGAAGGAAGGACAGAAGGAAAGAAGGAAGGAAGGGGGGAAGGAUGCUCGUUUCCGAAUUGACUUUGGGCGGGCAGGAGGGUGGGCUGGCGCCCGGCCGGGCACAGAGGGGGUCACCUCUUCCCCAGCCUCCCUCCUCCC